GACAUGUUUCUGCCUGUGAUAGACCUAUCAUAUGAAUUGCGCUCUAUCUAUACACAAACCUUUGGUGGACAAUGAGAAACGGGAGGACGGGACAUCGUUCGCCGGCCCGGUCCUCGACCAGUUGACCACAGUGACCCUUCCGCUCUACAUCCGGAUAUCCGUCCACGAAUCCUGUCUUUCUUUCAUUCCCUCGCCCUCACAAAGCGAGCUCAAGGUCAUAGACAAUGUCGUCCACAACUGAAAAGUUUGAAUUCGUCGUCUACGCACCCGACUACACCGACGCCGAAGCCCUUUCACGCCGUCUCGCCGUUCGUGCUCAGCAUCUGGCGAAAGCGCAGACGUUGCACGACUCGGGAGUCGUCAAGCUGGGCGGUGCAAUGGUGGCUGAAGAAUCGCUACGUGAGGAAGACGCAUCGAAGAGAAAGAUGGAGGGCUCCGUCAUGAUCUACGAGGCUGGAAGCUUGGCAGAAGUGAUGGAGUAUAUCCAUAACGAUCCAUAUUGGGUUGAGAACGUUUGGGAUAAGGAGAAGUUGGAUAUCAGGCCGUUCAUUCGCCCAAAGCACUAGAUAUUCCAGAGAUAUUAGGGAACUACACUGCGUUCAGUGAAGGAGGAGUAGCAAUCUGUAUAUGUAGGAACGAACGAACGAACGAACGAACGAACGAAACCCGUGUCACGGCCAGGGAACCACUAUUUAGAGUGCUCUAAAGGUGAUUCUAAAGCCACUUCUAUAUAUUAUAUAUGGACUCGGCUUUGGGAAGUACUAAA